AUGGGUUUGUUUGAAGCUUUUCUCAAUUGGCUUCGUAGCCUCUUCUUCAAGCAAGAAAUGGAGCUUUCUUUGAUAGGACUUCAAAAUGCAGGGAAGACAUCACUUGUAAACGUUGUUGCAACCGGUGGAUACAGUGAAGACAUGAUUCCUACGGUGGGGUUUAACAUGAGGAAAGUGACAAAAGGAAACGUUACAAUCAAACUAUGGGAUCUUGGUGGUCAACCAAGAUUCCGCAGCAUGUGGGAACGUUAUUGCCGCGCUGUUUCCGCCAUUGUGUACGUAGUUGAUGCUGCAGAUCAUGACAACCUAAGUGUAUCCAAAAGUGAACUCCAUGAUUUGCUGAGCAAGUCUUCUCUUAACGGUAUCCCUCUGCUGGUUCUUGGGAACAAAAUCGACAAACCUGGAGCUCUCUCUAAAGAAGCCUUGACAGACGAAAUGGGACUUCAGUCGCUUGCAGAUAGAGAAGUAUGCUGCUUCAUGAUAUCCUGUAAGAACUCUACCAACAUUGAUCAGGUGAUUGAUUGGCUUGUAAAGCAUUCAAAAUCUAAGAACUAA